AUGGUUUCUUUGGAUAAAUCAAUCUACCCAACACAACAAAAUUUACAAAUCGUUCAUCCAUCAAUCUUACAAGACACAUCAUGUAAAAUAACACUUCUUCCAUCUGAAAUAUUAAUACAAAUUUGUUCAUAUUUAACACCUUAUGAAUUACUUUUACUCAGUGAGACGUGUGUUAGAUUCAAGAAAUUUCUUGAUGCACCAAAAUCUUCUACUACUCAAGAGAUAUGGAAGAAUUCUAGGAAAGCUUUCGUUCUUCGAGAAUUGUUAACGACAUAUGGAGACAUGCCAGAAGAUUUGAUCUUAACGAUUCCAUACAUCUGUUAUAAUUAUACGCAUUACUUUUGGACAAACAACAUCAAAUACAUUUAUAUCAAAUACCUUAUCUAUUUAAAAUCCACCAAACUUCGUUCACCACAAUUUCAUUCAUUCGCGAAUUCCCUUAAAUCGAAUUUUGAAUCCGUGAUGAAUUAUGCUAGAGAAAAAGAACGAGUGCAAGAGAAAAAGGAAAUGGAGUAUAUAAAAAGGUAUCGAAGACCAUUAUUGAGUCGAUUACAACGAAUUAAUUAUAAAAGAAUUGUAUUUCCAAUUUCGAGGUUAGAACGUGAAAUGUUGAGAAUUAAAGAAAGAUUAUCAUCAAGAGAAAAAUUUAAAAGUUUAAAGCAAAGAUAUGAUAGAUUUGAUGAAAGAUCUUUUUUGGAAAAUAAGCAUGUUGAUAAAAAGAAAUCACGUAUCAAGCUUAGUAAGAAAAGGAGAGAUCAAAAAAAUCAAAAUGGUGAAAUUAUAAAGAGAUGCAAAGAUAAUCGAAAGAAAUUUUCAUAUAAAUAUGGAUAA